CUUCGGCUGUCGGGGCCGGGCCCGGUCGGUUUUGCUAGCCUCUCUGAGAGGGCGGGAGCCUUUUAGGGCAGCGAUCCCGCGGUGGAAAGGGAGGAGGAGUCGUAGGGGACCCUGGCCCUUGCCCCAGCUAGAGAGGGAAGAGAGUUUGGCCGGCCUGCGGGCGAAAGCGUCGGUUCCCUUUACACGGGAGAGGGGCGGAUGGACGGGCUUCUGACUCCCAGGGAGUCCGCAGAAUUCAUUGCGGAGAACAGUCGAGAUGUGUUCAUUGACGGCGGAGGCGUGCGGAGGGUGGCCGAGCUUCUGCUGGCCAAGGCCGCGGGGCCCGAGCUGCGCGUGGGGGCCUGGAAGGCCCUUCAUGAGCUGAACCCCAAGGCGGCCGACGAGGCCGCCGUUAACUGGGUGUUCGUGACAGACACGCUCAACUUCUCCUUCUGGUCGGAGAGUGACGAGCACAGAUGUCUGGUGGGGUACGGGGGGAAAACGUACAGUGGGUACUGGUCCCUGUGCGCCGCGGUCAACAGAGCCCUGGACGAAGGGAUACCAAUAACUAGUGCUUCGUACUAUGCCACAGUUACCCUGGAUGAGGUUCGGCAUAUACUUCGUUCUGACACAGACGUCCCCAUGCCUUUGAUAGAAGAGAGGCAUCGGAUUCUCAAUGAAACCGGGAAAAUUCUGCUUGAGAAAUUUGAAGGCUCUUUUCUUAAUUGUGUCCGAAAAAGUGAUAAAAGUGCUCAGAAGUUAUUGCACCUAGUAGUUGAAAGCUUUCCUUCUUAUAGAGAUGUGACUCAGUUUGAGGGGAAAAGAAUUUCUUUUUACAAACGGGCCCAAAUCCUUGUGGCAGAUACGUGGAGUGUAUUAGAGGGAAAAGGAGACGGCUGCUUUAAGGACAUCUCCAGAAUCACCAUGUUUGCUGACUAUAGAUUACCUCAGGUUCUUGUUUACCUGGGAGCCCUGAAAUACUCUGACGAACUACUGGAGAAACUUCUCAAAGGAGAAGUGCUUUCGUAUGGGAAUAGGCAAGAGGUGGAAAUCAGAGGGUGUUCACUUUGGUGCGUUGAGCUGAUCCGGGAUUGUCUUCUGGAGCUUACUGAAAAAAAGGAUGAAAAAACUAGUGGAGAGAUCAAUUCCAUUCUUCUGGAUUAUUUCUUAUGGGACUAUGCCCGUGAUCACAGGGAAGAUAUGAAAGGAAUUCCAUUUCAUCGCACACGUUGCAUAUAUUAUUGACCCACAGUGUAAACUGAUCCUAAAAAAACUUGCAUUUUUUUUUUUUUUUCUUUGCGGUAUGUGGGCCUCUCACUGUUGUGGCCUCUCCCAUUGCGGGGCACAGGCUCCGGAUGCGCAGGCUCAG